AUGCCGGCGUACGACAAUGAAGGCGCCACGAUAUCGAUGGAGGAUGUCCGUGACCUCGGGGAACCUGUGACCAUCAACACGAUAGCGGAACAGCUGACUGACAGAAGGAUGCGCCAGCUGAGGUCACAGAAGUCCACAGUCGCUUCCAGGAAACAACAGGCGGUGUGCGUGAGGCGGGCGCAUAAGAAGUACGGGCCGAAGAAGAACCCAAAUAUCAUUCUAGAUGGUCUGAACAUGACAGUACCUAAAGGCGCUAUUUAUGGUCUACUCGGAGCAUCGGGGUGCGGGAAGACCACCCUGCUGUCAUGCAUAGUGGGCAGGCGGCGUUUGAACAGCGGCGAGAUAUGGGUUCUUGGUGGUAGACCUGGAGGGCCUGGGAGUGGAGUGCCCGGUCCCAGGAUUGGUUACAUGCCCCAGGAAAUCGCCCUGUUCGGUGAAUUCUCCCUAAGGGAGACUAUGAUAUACUUCGGCUGGAUUGCCGGAAUGGAUUCCAGGGAUGUGGACGAGAGGACCGACUUCCUGAUAUCUCUACUCCAAUUGCCAAAUCCCACCAGACCAGUAAAGAACUUGUCCGGUGGACAACAACGUCGAGUGUCGCUUGCAGCUGCUCUACUCCACGAGCCGGAACUUCUGAUAUUGGACGAGCCUACCGUAGGAGUUGACCCUGUACUGAGACAAAGUAUCUGGGAUCAUCUCGUGGAAAUCACUAAAGGCGGAAGAACCACCGUUAUAAUUACCACACAUUAUAUAGACGAGACGAAACAAGCCAAUAUUAUUGGUCUUAUGCGCGGUGGUCGUUUCCUCGCCGAAGAGGCACCGACUGAAUUGAUCCGUCGUUACCAAGCCGAGAGCCUCGAGGAUGUCUUUCUGAAGCUGGCGGUCUUGCAGAAUAUGGGCAAAAGGCGCCGUUCAAGCAUCCUCGCUGGUGUUGUGGAGAAGGUGGAAUUGCCGGCAAUACCUGACCCAGCUGCGAUAGAUUUAGAAGAGGCAGAAAUCGGCGAAAUAUCUGGUGAAUUUGGUGACAAUGUAUCUAUGACCAGUAAGAGUCGUGUAGUCGUGGCUACGGAACUGAUUGGUCCGGUAGAGGCAUUGCCACCGGAAGAGAAACCUCCGAAUGGAUGCUUGGAACGAGUGAAACCAAUGAAAUGGCACCACAUGAAGGCAUUGGUCUGGAAAAACUUCCUCAGUUUAUUCAGAAAUUUCGGACUCAUUGCUUUCAUUAUCGGUUUACCGGUAUCGCAAAUGAUACUGUUCUGCCUCGCUAUCGGUCACAAACCUAUCGGCUUGCCUAUAGCAGUGGUCAACUAUGAGUUGGGGCCCAACAGCACGACGACACCAUGUGAAUACGAUAGAAACCACUGCCCACAGGACCCGGAGACAUACGAAUGGAAUUUGACAAGAUUUAGCUGUCAGUACUUGGAUUAUCUGUCGCAACGGCAGAGUAAUUUGGUUUAUUAUCCAACCAAAGAUCAGGCAAUGCAGGCCGCGGCGAAGGGAAAAGCCCGUGUGGUUCUCGUUUUUCCGGCCAACUUUUCCGAGAGUUUACAAGAGAGGGUGAGGGACCCGCGACACGCUGACGAUUACACCGUUAUGAAUUCAGCGAUGGAAGCGCAUAUGGAUGACACUGACAAACAAGUAGAAUGGAUGUUGGCGCGUGAGCUGCAACAGGCGCUCAUAGCUUCCACAGAGCACUUAGCGGAAAUCUGCAAGCUACCGAAGAACAUCAUGUCGUUACCAGUCCGUUUUAAUAAGCCGGUCUACGGUCUAGAAGAUCCCGACUUUACCGAUUUUGCGGGCCCAGGCGUUAUUCUUACUAUCAUCUUCUUCUUGGCGGUUGCUUUAACAUCUGGCUCCAUGUUAGCUGAACGUAACGAAGGCAUAUUGGAGAGAUCACUUGUGUCCGGGCUUACUGGAACCGAAAUCCUCUUCGCGCAUGUGGUCGUUCAGAUGAUUGUGAUGAUCAUCCAGACAGUUGUGGUGCUUCUUCUGGGAUUCGUAGUCUUCGGGCUUACAAUUAACGGACCCGUGGGCUGGGUCAUUGUGCUCACGCUCAUCACCGGGCUUUGUGGAAUGACCUUUGGCUUCGUCGUUUCAUGCAUUUGCGAUACAGAGAGAACUGCCACGUAUCUUGCGCUGGGCUCUUUCUUGCCGAUGAUGCUGUUAUGUGGCAUUAUUUGGCCGGUUGAAGGCAUGCACAAUGUCCUUCAGUGGGUCAGCUACGUGCUUCCACUCACAAAGUCCACAGAGUCUUUGCGUUCGAUGCUGCAACGUGGUUGGACCGUGACGGUUCCAACUGUAUAUUCUGGCUUCAUUUCGACUGCAAUUUGGAUAGUCGUCUACCUCACGCUUAGCAUUCUCCUCAUCAAGUUCAAAAAAGGA